AUGCCAAUGCCACCGACAGUACCCGGAAAUGACGCCGCUCGUGACAAGCUGCGUGGUGAAUUGGACAUGCACAUGGAGCAUUUACUGGACGAUUUCCGAAGGUUGCAAAGCGCUAUGGCUACAGUCAUGAAUACCAAGUUCGAGCUUGAACGGGAAAAUGCGAGCCUGAGGGAGAAACUGCACCUGGACCCUGCGCACAUGGAGGCAUGUAAAGCUGGUCGGAUGUCACCACCAACUCUUCUUGCAGUUGCCCUCCGCGAAGACCAUCCACCAGAAAAUCUGGAGAUGGAAUUUGCUGAAGCGUUUCCGAGAGAAGUGUUUCGCGAAGAAGCUUCUCCAAAUGCAGUGGAAAGUCGCGAGAAGACCUCUCGGCAGACCACGCUUGUCAUGCGAGCCGAUUCAGGAGUCGCGACAAGAUGUACGCGGGAAAGAUUCUGGGUUUUCAUGACUCAAACAGCGCCCGCCCUCGUGAUUGUGCUGAACACGUGUGUGAUGGGAUUAGCCGUGGACAAUGAGCCAGAUCAUCCUGCUUGGGCUGUCUUGGAGCUGAUUUUUGCAACAUGCUAUCUGAUGGAGUUCAUCCAGAAAACGCAUGCGCAUGGCUUCAAGGGCUAUUUCAUGGGAGUGGACUGGAAGUGGAACUGCUUCGACUUUUUUUGCCUCGUUCUCUCAUUUGUGGACACGCUCCUUUUCUUCUUGCUGCUGGCGGAUGCUAUAGACUUUUCAAUGAACUCAGCGUCACUGAUCAAGGUUCUUCGAUUGGCAAGAUUGCUCCGCCUGGUUCGGACCUUGCACUAUGAGUUCUUCAAUGAGCUGCGCUUGAUCAUUCUAGGCGUCUUUUCUGGAUUGCGCGUCCUCUUCUGGGCAAUCGUGCUUCUGUUUGUGCUGAUCUACGUGUUCGGCAUCGGGAUGGCAACCGUUGCAGGCAACCACUCUGGGAAGACACAGGCCGAGUUUGCCACUCUGUCAUCGAGUAUGUUCACAAUUUUCCGAUGCUUGACUGAAGGCUGUGCUGGCUAUGAUGGCCGACCCUUGACGGAGACUCUCCGCAUGGAGACCUUCACGGAGUUCUCAGGUCUGAUUAUGAUUGCCUACAUCUUGGUGUUUAUGCUGGUUUCUGUCGGUGUUUUCAACUUGAUUAUGGCAAUUUUUUUGGACAACGUGGUGAGCCAGCAAAACAUUCGCAAGCAGAAGGAAAUCUCGGAGACGGCCUUGAAAGCCGAGGUGAGCAUAAAGCGUGUGGUCGCACAGAUCAUCAGUGAGGAGGACAGCUGUGACCUUAUACCGGAAGACAUCGACAAGUUGGAAAUCCGGAGCCAGUCCAAGGUGCUCGAGCGAGCGCUUUCCAGAACGUCUGUGACAGUGACACGAGACAGGUUUCUGAGUUGGCUGGAAUACGAUACUUUUACCGAUGUCCUUGAGAGCGCCUACAUCGACACGUCGAUUCGUGCGCAGCUUUUCGACAUCCUGGAUGCAGACUCCGGUGGCCUCUUGAGCAUCGAUGAACUUAUCUCGGGGCUCAUGAGCAUGCGCGGGGAUGUGACCAAAGGUGACAUCAUGGCCAUGAGUUUGAAGGUGAGGUAUAUUUGCCAGCUUUUAGAAAACCUGAGCGGCAACCCGCCGAAGCGAAGACAGUCAUUGAAUCCCAGUUGA